UAAUUGUUAUGUUGUUUAUGUGAACGUUUUUUGAAUUAAUGUUUUUAUAUUAAUGUUCUUUAAAUGAUUGUUAAUGUUUGAACAUGUGAAUUCACAGAUUUAAUGAUUUUUAAACUCAUAUUAACUUAUUGAUCUGAAGUGUGUUUUAGUUAAGUUUUUUUCUUCUGUCUCCUGAUGACGUCAGCAGAGUUAAUUAACGUGACUUCUGUCACGUCGCUGACGCUGGUCGGUCUUGCCCCGCUGUCCGACCACAGUCUGUUCUUCUUUUUCGUGUUUCUCUCGGUGUAUCUCUUCGUGUUGUCCGCCGACUCGCUGGUGGUUUACAUCAUCUGUUCGCAGCGGAGUCUGUGGCGGCCGAUGUUCUGCUUUGUGGCGGCUGUUCUGCUGAAUUCUCUCGCGGCCAGCGCAAUGGUUUAUCCCAAACUUCUGUCUGACCUGCUGGCGGGCGGCAGCUCUGUGCGUGUGUCCCGCUCUGCGUGCCUGUGUCAGGCCUUCCUGCUGUACUCUCUGGGCGGCUCCAGCUUCAUGCUGCUGUCCGCCAUGGCCUUGGACCGCUACAUGUCCAUUUGCCGCCCUCUGCGCUAUGCCGCGCUAGUGUCUCCUGCCGCUGUAGCGGUGCUGCUGCUGCUCUGCUGGCUGCUCCCGGCCACUCUGGUGGGCGGCGGGGUGCUGCUCGCCAGCCGCUUACCGCUCUGCAGCAUGCAGCUCAGCAGGAUCUACUGCGACAUCUACAGCUUCAUCAGCCUGAGCUGUGGCGGCGGAGCAGCUCAGCUCAGCGAAGUAUACGGGCUUAUAUGCACCACGGCCACCGUCUUCCUGCCUGCCGCCUUCGUGCUCUUUUCCUACGGCAGGAUCCUCGCCAUCUGUCUGCAGAGCUCGCGCAGCUUCAGCAGCAAAGCACUGCACACGUGCCUGCCGCACCUGCUGGUGUUCCUCAGCUACUCCAUCAGCACCGCCUUUGAGAUGCUGCACCGCCAGCUGCAGGCGCGCAGCGACCCUGCCGCCUCGCUCGCCGCCUCGGUGGUGUUGGUGGUGGUUCCGACCGUGCUGAACCCGGUCAUCUACGGGCUGAAGAUGAAGGAGGUGUUCGGUCAUGUGACAAGGCUGCUGAGCUGCCAGACAGAGCGCUGAUCGCAUGUGUUGAUCACAGAGGUGGAAAGUAACAAAUUACUAUUAAUCAGGUUUAAGUACUUACAUGUCGUUUUUUGCGUACUAUUCCUUGUUCAAGUCAUUUUUAAAUCUGGAAUUUUACUUUUACUUCAGUUUGUUUUGUUUGACAUGUUGUACUUUGCUACAUUUUGAAUCACAUACCAAAUAAAAAAAAGUAAAUACAAAAGCUCUCUAACGUUGUUAUGUAUCUGUAAACAAACUCAAACGGAAAGCGGCUUUGUAACUUUAUCAAAUUCAUUGAAUUUCAUUUCCAACCUUUAUUUAAAACUCGGGGCCCAUUGAGGGAGACGCUCAUGUUCAA